AUGUUUUACCAUCAGUGCUCACCGUCCAUCUUUUAUAACGCUAAUUUCAGACCCCAUGGCUCGUCAGAAGUUUUUGAUGAUACUACCGCUAAUCCUCUCAUUGAGACUGAUGAGAAAUAUAAUACAAAAUAUGUGGGUGGAGACUCAAGGAAAAUUGCUAUGCGCAAAAAUAAGAAGAAAUCCAAAACUCGAGAACCUUUAAUGAUAAUUGUUUCAAUUGGAGCUUUAGUUGUGGCAAUUGCCCUGGUUCUGGUUUUAGUUCUGAUAGCGAUUAUAGUCGUGACCAAAAGGAGACGUGCGAAACAAAAACCUAAAUCAACACCCGUAGCGGCUAAACAACCUCGUAAGAUGGAGAGCGAAGAUUUGAACCGAGUUAAGUUCCAGACAGCGGGACCGCUGGUGAUGAACCGAAAGCUACAAGGUCCAGUGAAACAUGCUCUCGACAACGAAAUUUCUACAAUACUGAAGGGUGUGGAAUUUGAUGCUCGUCAGAACGAACUCGUUGAAAUCGGGUCAAACGUAGAAGUGGUCGAGGGUGAUGGUGGUACUACGGACGCGGAUACAAUUGCCAGCAAAGAAUCCACUGUCAAGCCACCACCAAAAAACCUACCACAUACUCCGAUCCAACCUCAAGCAAUCGAUCGACCGGUUCCACGAGGGCCUAAUCAACUAAAUCCCACUCCACUUCAAAAACCACUGACGAGUACCACUCCAGCUCAAAAACCACCGACGAAGCCCUCUCCAAUUCAAAAACCACCGACGAAGCUCACUCCGAUUCAAAAAACACCGACGAAUAUGUAA